AUGGGUCUCGUCGUGCUGCUUGACGAGACCAAGGACAUCAACAAUCAGCUGGACACGACACUACCAGAUGUCCCACGCCUGUGGAUAACCACGAGCGGACGAGGCAACUCUUCCGAACGCCAUUCACAUCGCGGUGGUUCAAAUUACGCCCCACAAGGAAGCGUUGACCACCGCUUGAGUCCACCAAAAGAUGUGGUGGCGGUGAGAACACCUGUUCAGGAUCGAGGGUCGGAUCAGCUUGAUUUUCAAGAGCUUAACCGUGUAACGGAAGAGUUGCAAGAUGACCUGGAUCACGAACGGACUCGGCGUUACGAGUACCAUGAUUUUAAAAAGGAUAAUUACAAUUUCUUAGCGCAUGAUCGUUCGAGUGAUCGUGCCGGUUUUGCGUUCGCGCAACUUGAGAACGAACGUUCGACUCGUUCUAUUCGUGAUGAGCUGGCUCUAGCUCGUCGAGACAUCGCUGAACUGCGUGAACAGGUCUCUCCGCUAGUCGACCAGACUGGCUCGCUGAAACAGACCCACUCGAAGGUGGUCUCGGCUCUCGGCUGCGGAGGUGUUCUUCGCAUGUCGAAGCGGGCUCGUACUGAUAGUACGGGCGAAGACACCGACGUAAAACGUAAAAUGCGUACGCAUCUUAUGGGGCAGUUCAAUCGUGUAUGCGUUGCCCAUUCGGCGCAACACACAAAAUGA